AUGCUAGGCGGCGCAGGCUCAAGCCUCUUUGGGAACAUGUCAGGCAGUACUGCCCAAACAACGAGUUCUCCUGCUACCUCCGGUACCCUCUUUGGAUCCACUGGACAGGCUCCUGGUGCUUCUACGACUUCUAGCAUAUUCGGCAAUGCCGCACCUGGGUCUCUAUUUGGCGCUCCGACAGCUGCAGCAGCUGCUGGCCCAGCUACGGGCGGCACAGCUUCGGCGACAGCGCCAAAAGAUGGUAGCUUAUUUGGGUCGAGUUCAUCAAGUUCAGCACCCUCAUCAGGGGGUCUAUUCAGCAGUGGUACAGGCAUGCCUUCCACGUCAUCGGGAGGUCUUCUCGGGAGUAAUGCCACAUCCGGCGUAGGAUCAGGGGGCAGUGUAGCAAGUGGCGCCACGGGGUUCCUAUUUGGUAACACUACCGCCCUCUCUGGAAACACACAGAAUGCUCCACAAGGGAGCCUCUUCGGGGUAAGUGCAGGCGCAGCCUCCGGGCUGUCGAACGCCACAAAAUCGGGGUUAUUCGGCGGCGCUACUGCAAGCAACAAGCCAAACGAGCUAGGAAAGCCGGCGGGACUGUUUGGUGGACUCUCGACUACAGGAAGCACAGGGGAAGCUCCAAAAGGAGGCCUCUUUGGUAGUAGCAGCACCGCUGCAACCACGAGUGGCAAACCAGACUCAUCAUCAGGAGGACUGUUUGGCUCUUCUUCAGCGGCAGCACCUGAGACAAGUCAGCCUGCGGGAGGUUCCUCUGGCGGAAAGAGCUCGGCAGGUACGGCUUUGACUGGCACAGGAACACUUCCCGCUGGGCCCGUCGCCGGCAGUGGGACAGGUGAUGCUUCGAAGGGAACUGGCCUUUUCGGGAGCUUAGGGGAUGCAACAAAAACAGCCAGUGGUGGUAGUCUCUUUGCAAAUGCCGCUUCUGCCGUCGCUGCCGUCGGGGUUGCUAGUGGAGGGAGUGAUGGGAAGGGCAGCGGCUUGUUCGGAACCCCCUCUGGCGCCUCGGCAGCGCCCCAGCAUUCACAGACAGGCGGACAGGCAAACACAGCAGGGAAACCCUCUCUUUUUGGCUUUGCUGCAUCUGGAAGCAGCGGCAGUACUGGUGGCUUGUCUUCGGGGCCUGCAAAAGUUUCGUCAGAAGCAAAUAGUGGGCAGAAAGGAAGCGAAGAGGCUCCUGCACCAUCAUCGUCGGCCACCGAGCAGAGUACAACCGGCACGACCGGUGGACAGAGCCUGAGUUUGACCGGGGCUAGCAGCAACUCUGCUGCCCCGAAUGCUGCCCCAGCAGUCGGUUCCCUCUUCGGGGCUAAGUCAGGGAGCAGUGUUGAGUCGAACACAUCACCGGCGACGGGACCACCCGUACGAAGCACACCCGUGGUGCCCCCAGAAGAAGUUGCAUUAGAAACAAUGCAGCAUGAAAGGAUGGACGAUCUUUUGACAAAUUGGGAGAAGAGGCUACAAAGGAAAGUGGGGGAGUUUGAUGAGCUUGCCCAAGAGGUGGCUGCCGUAGAAGCGUCUCUUAUAACACAAUCACGAGCCCUAGCCACAAUUCGCGAAGAGCAGCAGCGAGUGCAUCGCCGGCAGUUGUUCGUUGGUGAAACCAUCGACAUGAUUGAGCAGCAGCAGAAUGACAUCUCAAACCUAUUGGCAUCGAUAGAAGGCAGCCUCCUAGCGAAGCUCUCCCCCCAAGAACAGCGGAGCAUCUGUUCCACCGUCGAGCAGAGUAUGUCAGAGCGUGUGCUAGAUAUUGACGCACAGAUGGACGAGCUAAGUGAUGCUAUCGCCCAAGCAGCUCGGAGGACACAGCCGGACCCCGUAGCUGCCAUUUCACAAGUGCUCGCGGUGCAUCAAGCCGCACUCGAAUCCGCCACUCAACAGUGUGCAAAGCUGGAGCAGUGCUUAAAAAGCCUCCAGAGAUUUGUUGCGUAG